UAGCAUAACUGAACAUUUUGAAAUCCAGGCUACUUUAAUAAAACUAUGCCACAUGGUGAAGCAACAGAAAACUGAAAUCAGUUGAAUUGAACGAGAAAAAAAAAACUGGCAGUUGGAUAGACUGGAAAGACAGACAGACAACAGCAGUUGGCUAAAUGAAUGAAUGAAUAGAAAGAUGUUAAAUUUUCUGAAUUGAAAAAUUUCAUUUAUAAAACUACAUUUUAUGUUUAUGUGUGUGUGUGUGUGUUGCACAAUAAACAGAGCAAAAAGGAAAAACUUAAUUCAUUUGUAAUUUAUAUUUUUCGUUUAAUUUUUUUUCCAUUAAUGUUCUGUUGUACAGAAAUCAUAUUCCGAAAAAAAAACAAACUUCAACAAAGAAAUUCUCUAUAUUCAAAAGAAAUUACAACAAUGGCAAAAAUAACGGAACUCUUUACAAAAACACAUUGUUGUAUAUGUAGGCUGUCAUGUUGUUGUAGAUCACACAAUGAAUAUGUUCAUGUUGUUGUUGUUGCCAGUGCUGUUCUACUUCACAUGUUAACUGUUUAAGUGUUGAGAAUUAAAAAAAACACUUACACAUACAUUAACAGUCAAAUUUUUAUUAAAAAAAUAAAAUAAAUUAACAAAGAGUUAAGAGAGGGAGUAAGAGAGAGCCUUAAAAUAAUCAAAACAACAGCAACAACAAGCGUUAAGCAUUAAAUGAUAACAAUUGUUUAAGAUUUGGCUCAAACAAACCAAUACGUUUAAGCAAAAGAGAGAGUAAAAGAUUGAGUGGGAGAGUAAGAGGAAACCGCCAUAAUUGUUUAUAUUUUCAUUUCCCUACUAGUGGCAACCUAUACAAACAUAUGAGUUCAAGUGUGUGAGUUUGUUAGGCUAAAGAAAAGUGUGUUAAAUUGAAAAAAACAACAACAACAAAACAACCGAGGGCUGUAAUUGUGAGUGUAUAUUUAAUAUAUGCUCUUGGAUUUUUGCAAUGUGCGGCUAUAUGCUUGACAAUAGCAGCAUUAACCGCCAUAUUAAAAGCUUCUUAUCAAUAACAACUUCAUCAACAGCUGCAACCUACACCCCCUUAGCAACAGCAACAUCAUUAUCAUUAUCCUCGUUUUAUUGUUCAGCCAGAAAAUUUCCUCUUUAUCAGUGGUUUACAACAAGAAGUGACACAAAUUUACAGCGUCCCAGCAGGAACUGGAGCAAAUCAUCUAACAAUUGGCAAAUUGUUUUAUUAUCGAUAAUAAUCAUUUUAUUGCAAUGUUGUACAAGUCACGUGUUGGCAAUACGAAAGGGUCGUCUUAUGACUCCAAGCACAUUUACAGCUUUAAGCGGAGAUCUUCAUGUGCAGAUACAAUUUUCACCAGAAGAUAUAGAAAACGAUAUAAUAAAAGCAACCACAGCUGCCACCACCACUACCACCACCACAACAACAACAACGACAACAGGAGCAGGAGAUAUUGCACAAACUUCAACAACAUCACGCACGCUAAACAAUCAGACAUCAAGUGGCAGUGACACACAACAACAGCAGCAGCAGCAAGUCCUACAAGUGGAGAAUAUUAUAACGAGUACUUUGGUCAUUAGCAAAUACAUUGAUGAGACUGUGAAUUCUUCAGCAGCAUCAGGCUCUAGCCAGCCUGUAGCUAUAGCUAAUGAUUCUUUAGUUUUGCAAAGACAACGUAAAGAAAUUAUAGAAAACAUAUUACUUUAUCCCGAUCCACGCCACAAUGUUACCCAGGUAUCGGUGCCCUGCCAGACCUUUAUGCAGGGUGGUCUAUAUGAAAUGCAAGUGGUAACGAAUUUAAAAACCACCAAUAUAUUAACAGCCAACUCUAGCUCCUCCUCCUCCUUUAACAAGGCUAAGGAUGCUACACCCACCAUGACUACCACUACCACCACUCUUAUACCAGUAUACGAUGAACGUUUAAGACAAACUUUAGACGUGCGAUGGCCCAGUGCCGAAAUGAUUGUUAGUCCGGUACGUUUGCGCACAUAUCCUGAUACACCGGUAGAGGUUACUUUACGUUUUCCCGAGGUCAACUGUGAUAAUGCCUGGAAACGUGAGGAUUUGCCGGAAUUUUGGCUGGAAUUGAUAUACUGUGGCAAGGAGCGUUCCUGUUCCCAAGUGAGACCAGAAAAUGUUACCAAGUCUAGCAUAUUAUUUGCCGAGCAGGUCAGAGGUUAUCCCAAACAGAAAACGUUUAAACUUUCCUGCGAUCUCUUUGGAUUGGCGGGCAAUUAUGCGGUACAGCUAAGACCCAUGAUUCCUUUACCCAAUAUACCCAUUACGAGGCGUUUCCUUUCGGUGGACUGGAGUGAAAAAUAUGUGUUUAAUGUCUACGCCCGCAGUAUAUUUCCCUGUGAUCCUCAUACGGGCAUAGGUGUGCUCUAUGAGUAUCCUUCAUGCAUUCUAGAGCAGGGCGAUCGUGUAAGAGUUUAUGCAAAAUUGCGGGCCGAUGUGGCCUCUCUAAAACCCCCCACUACUUUACAUUAUAUAGCGGAGCAACGUGUGGUAAAGAAUCAAUAUUCUUUAUAUUUUAAUUGUGAUCUAUUUACGGAGAAAUUUGUGGAGUAUUGUUUUGUGUAUGUGAGUCAAGCGAUUUCGGGAGCAGUGGCCGAUGUGAGAAUGGAUUGUGUACCUACACUGCCGGUGAGAGAAUCCGAUACUGGAGGCUGGGGUCCCUGGAGUGAAUGGACACCCUGUUCAACAAAUUGUCUUGGUGGUACUCGCAAUCGUUAUCGUUUCUGUGAUUCACCGCCACCCCGUUAUGGUGCGAAAUUUUGUGAGGGUCCAUCAGUACAAACUGAAAAAUGCGGUAAAUCCAUUAGCGAUACCUGGGAUUGUAUUUACGAGACUAGCGGCUCGGUGUUCAGUAAACUUAACCGCACCGAUGUUAGUCAGGAGAUUGGUCCAGGCUGUCGCUGCGGUUGCAUUGUGCAUUUGGGAACUUCAAAGCCCAAACGUAUUAUAGCAGGAGCAACACAAAGCUGUCCAGGCAGAUCAUUUUGGUUGAUACAGGUUGAUGGUGAAGAGACAAUUUCACUGCAAUUGAACUUUCUACGUCUACCCUGUGCUACGCAAUACAUAAAAAUACGUGAUGGACCAUCGUUAUCCUCUACUUUGCUCAUUGAAAUGCAGGGUGGCACCACUGGUGCCGGUGGGGCAGGAGGAGGUAAUGCGUAUAGUGGGAAUUUACCUGUUUCACUAGAAUCCAGUGGAGCACAAUUAUUAUUAGAAUUCUAUGCUGGUGAGGAGACGAGUAUCACCAACAAUACUGAUAUUCAUACCGGCUUAAUAUGUACGGGUGGAUUUUUGGCCAAUGUUGAACAGAUUGUUAGAAACUCUUCCGAAACAACUUUAAUGGCUGCCACACGUUUAUCGGUGAAGGGGAGAUCCUUUCUACAGAAACCUAAAAUGAAAUCGAAAUUUACUUUAGUACAUUUAAGUGCAGUAAUAUUUGCCAGUAUUAUAAUUUUAAUUAGUGCUUUAUUAGGCGCCCAAUAUGUGAUACGCUAUCGUAAGUACCAUUUAGCUGUCGCCCGUCGUCGUGAUGAGGGUUCCCGUCUGCAUACUCCUCAUGCCAGUAUGAGUUCUUUACAGAGUCCUCCUUCUAGGGCAGUAAGCACUACUACUCUUAUAUCGGAAGUUAUUUAUAUGGUUAAAAUGCGUCCCAAGCAUCAACUCAGACAUUCGAUUUUAAGAGAAAGUAUUGAUGCUGAGAAUUUGGCGCGAGAGACGGAAAUGAAUGAAACCAAUGUUAAGGAGCCAAUGGUCAAGUGCGUUGAAGAAUUCGGCAGUAAUGGUUCCAUAGUCACGCUACGCAAUGAAAUUAUAUCACCCACCACCGAAUCCCUCAGCCGCUCACCGUCCACCGAAGACGUUAUGUCCGGCACUGCCAAUGAAUCGAAUAUCGAUGAUCUAAAUCCCCGUAGUUGCGGCACUUUAACACGUAAAGAUAGCGGUAAAGAUACCGAAAGCAUUAUAUCAUCCGGCAUGUCGUCUAUCUGCAACAGUCCACCAAUGAAUACAAAACGUUCUAGUCGUUAUUCCGAACGUUAUGAUGCCUCAACACUCAAAAUGACAAAUUCGUAUGUGGAAGAGAAAACAGACUGUGAAUCGAUAAGGUCGAUAGCACCGAGAAGAAAAUCAAGAUGUGCUAGUGUUAAUUUAACAAAUGGUUGCUAUUCACCGGCUGCUAGUAUUAUAAGUUCGGCUACCAUACGCAGCACUAACCCUAAGGAAAGCAAAGAAAAGCAGAACCGUAAAAAGUUAUUGGCACGUCCAGGAUCAGAGUUUUCUUUGGGCAAUCAGGAGGAUUUUGAAUUGGAUUAUUAUGAUUAUAAUGUAACAAAUGCGGGCUCUGUGCCGGGCUCUUAUCUGGGCAUGGAUCCCGCCUAUUUGGUGUGGAUACCACCCUUUGAUGAUAUACCAGAUUCACCCGAAAGAGAUGAGGAUAAAACCCCUGAACCUUUACAAGAACCAGAUGAGACACAACCUUUGUAUCAGGAAAUAAAAAUGCCCAAAUAUGGACAUUAUUUAUCGCCACAUAGUAAUACGAAUUCGAGUAAUAAUACCACCAAUACCAGUCCCACUUCGGAGGAAUUAUCACCAUUAAGCAGUAAUCUACAGUCAAAGGCUACAACACCCAGUGAAACAGAUUUAAAGAAUUGUCUGAUAAGAAAAGCCAUAUCAUCCAAUUCCAAUCAAUCGAUUGGUGGUUCCAAACAAUCAACACCAUAUCUAACGCGUAAGCAGCGCAAACAGCAAAAGCAACAGUCCAAAUCCACUUUAUCCUUGGGUGGCCAAAAAGAAUGUAUACCACUAGAUGAGCUUAAUGUAACAAGAUCGGUAAGGAAUUUACAGCAAAUGCAAGAACCUUUUAGGGAGCAGACAACUACUAUUUUAGAAACUGACUCGAUGAAUGGUUCUUAUAUAGAAAAGGAAACCUCGGUGGUUAAGUCAUCUAGUGAUUUGCAAAAUUAUCUCUCUAUAGAUGAUAUACAAUUUGCCGAUGAGAGUGAAAGUGAUCAUGAUGCCUCUUUGGCCGCCUUAAAGCCUCAGGAGCGUAGAAUGUCAGAGAAAGAAGCUUUAACGGAGGAGUGCAAACUGCUGAGAGAUAUGAAGCGAGUUAGCACGGUGGUGGCACAAAAUCGAGCACAAACUGUUAGAAGAACACAAGUGUAAAAGUAAGAAAGCUUUCUGAGAAAGCUUUUACAAGCAUACAAAAAAAGAGGCGUGGCUAUGAAUAUAUUUAGUUUAUAAGCGAUAUUAUCGUAAAAAACGAUUAGUAAUAAUUUCAAAGAGAAAAAAAUAUUUAAAAAUUUAAUUUGUAUAUAAAAGAUAUUUUUAAAAUAAGUUUAGAUUAGAAAAAAAGCUUUUUGUUUUUACUAACGAGUGGUAAACCGGUUUAGAUUUUCUAUAAGUAGAGUUUUUUUUUGUAAUAAUUAAAAACCUUUUCAAAUAUAUCGUAAAAGAAAAACUCUGUACCUCCUUUAACUAAAACAAAAACUAAACUAUAACUAACUUAAAACACUUUCAUAUAUUGUUUGAAAUUUAACAAAAACUAUUAAAUUUUUGAUAUUUUAACA